CAAUUCUGUGUUAUUAUUAUAAUUUGGCAUUUUUAGAAAUCAGCUGCUUUUAUUGUACAACUCAACCAACUUCAUACUGCCUAUGAACACAAAUUUUUACUACAAUAAUUGUUAUCAUUUAUCAAUAUGUUAUUGGCUAUUUGGUUUCUAGAAUGAAAAAGUAGACGCUAAAUUAUUCUUAUUCUCGUCGUUAACAAUUAUAAGUUGGGAAUUUUAUCAGUGGAUCGUUAAGUCCGACAACAAAUAAUCUUCAAUCUCGGAUAGAAAUGGCGAGAGGUAAUGCUAGAGAUCUUGCUCGAGAAAAGAACCAAAAGAAACAACAGGAAAUAGCCAAGAAAAAGGGAAUAGCCGACAAAGGUUCCAACGCAGGAUUAACGUUGGAACAAAGAAAACAAAGGGAUGCUGAUAGAAUGAGAGAAAAACAACUAAAAAAGCAGGAGGGUCAGUAAAAUGUUCAAGGAUAUUUAUGUGCUACAUCACAAGUACACAUUUAUAUUUUUAAGCUCAAAUUAAAUCAAUUUUCUAUUGUGUAAUAA